GAUAAAAAACACCCUGUCCAGGAAGAUCAUCUAGCCUGUUGCUGGCUUUGGUUCCCUCUUGCAUUGGAGUUGGUUUGUGGUGCUGCUGCUGGUUCCUUUGCAGAGAGAAGACACCAGAUUUUCCAAGCCUGCAUUAUGGACUUGGGACCAGCUGGGACUCAGAAACCUCUUACACUUCCAGUGCCAACUUGUGACCACUAACCCACUGACCAUCUCCAGAAUCACCCUACAUUACCCCUGCUCUCACUGGAUCUGCUGCCUGAGUUGACCAUGCCUGGGUGGAGCUGCCUGGUGACAGGGGCAGGAGGGUUUCUAGGGCAAAGGAUUGUCCAUUUGCUGGUGCAGGAGAAAGAUCUGGAGGAGGUCAGAGUCCUGGACAAGGUCUUCAGACCGGAAACCAGGGAGGAAUUCUACAACCUACAGACAAAGACCAAGGUGACACUGCUGGAGGGAGACAUUCUGGAUGCCCAGUACCUGAGGAGAGCCUGCCAGGGCAUCUCUGUUGUCAUCCACACUGCUGCUGUCAUUGAUGUCGUGGGUGUUCUUCCCAGACAGACCAUCCUGGAUGUUAAUAUUAAAGGUACCCAGAAUCUGUUGGAAGCCUGUGUCCAAGCUAGUGUGCCAGCUUUCAUCUACACCAGCUCAGUUGAUGUUGCAGGGCCCAACUCCUACAAGGAGAUUGUCCUGAAUGGCCAUGAAGAAGAACAUCGUGAAAGUACAUGGUCUGAUCCAUACCCAUAUAGCAAAAAGAUGGCUGAGAAGGCUGUACUAGCAGCCAAUGGGUGCAGCCUGAAAGAUGGUGGCACUCUGCAUACUUGUGCCUUAAGACCUAUGUUUAUCUAUGGGGAAAAGUGUCUUAUAAUUUAUGUUAUAAUGAUCAGGGCCCUCAAAAAUAAUGGUAUUCUGGAUGUUACUGGCAAAUUUUCCACAGUUAACCCAGUAUAUGUGGGUAAUGUGGCCUGGGCACACAUUUUGGCUGUUAGGGGCCUACGAGACCCCAAGAAGUCACCAAGCAUCCAAGGUCAGUUCUACUACAUCUCAGAUGACACUCCUCACCAAAGCUAUGAUGAUUUUAACUUUGCUGUGAGCAAGGGCUGGGGCUUCCACAUUGAUUCCAGUUGGAGCCUUCCUCUGCCCCUGCUCUAUUGGCUUGCCUUCCUGCUGGAAACUGUGAGCUUCCUGCUGCGUCCAAUCUACAACUUCCGGCCUCCAUUUAACCGCCACUUGGUAACAGUGUUAAAUUGUGUGUUCACCUUCUCCUACAAAAAAGCUCAUCGAGAUCUGGGCUAUGAGCCACCUGUCAGCUGGGAGGAAGCCAGACAGAAAACUUCUCAGUGGAUCGGGUCACUAGUGGAGCAGCACAAAGGGACACUGAACACAAACACACAGUGAUGUGACCAUGGCAGGGACAUGGCCCUGGGUGCUGUCAGUUGGUAGUUGUCAGGUCUUCCUGAAGGGACAGAUGUACAAUCCAAGUCCUUCUGCCUCCCCUUGACACACAGACCAUCUUGGUGUAUUCCUCAAGUCACCAGAUGCUUUGCCAGUCACUGGCCCUGACAUAGGCUUUCUUCCCCAGCACCUGCCCAGCAACACAGGGCUGCUGUGUCUCAGAUCAAACUUCCAAACUUUCCAUGCCUCUUGCACCUUAGAGCUCUCUCCAUUGGUUUCAUCUCCCCACUAAAAACAUUCUGCUUCUCUGCAAAAUUUUCUUUACUCUCUCUGAAGCUCAACCAAAGCUUCAAUAAUCAAUAAAUACUGAUUAGUACAUCAUCUGCAGAAGUUGUUUUGGUCUUCUAUUUCCCUUCUGUGUCCAGGCAAGGCCAUGCUGGGUGCAGAAAUGAUCAUGGAUCUGAGGUGGAUUGAGAAAAAUCAGGGCUAGAUUAGGGAUAGGAGAGUCAUGACAGGCAUUGUCCUUUGAAGUGCACAAGAUGACGAAAUGACUGUAUUUCAUGUAAUAGGGACUGACAGUGGAAAUACUAAAGUUCCAGUUUCUCCAAGAGAUUCCCUAGGGCCAGGGAAAGAGCUAGGAGGCGGCAUCCUCUAGUAGACAUUCAGAGUUACAGUUUUUCUCACAGCUAAAUCUAUACUUGCCUGUUUGGGGAUUUUGGUUCCAGGUUUCCUAUAAAAUUGCCAGUAUGAGAACAGUGGGUAGAGGCUAAGAAAGUUUCUCUCUCUAGCUAUAAACAGAACUCUGAAUAAACCCACUCCCCUUUACCAGCUAAUGCCUCAUAGUUUUCUCUUUCUGAUGCACAGAGAAAUUGGCCUCAGAUAUCCGACUCAAGGGACCAGUUUUUUACAAGCCAGACAAUAGAUGGUAGCUUUGGGUUAAUCCUGAAUGCCCAGCAGUUGGUGGGUAGUGCCCAAUGGGUUGGCAAUAGUUGCUAUCUAAAACCUGAGAAAGAAGAUUAU